AUGGUCCUCACCAUCCCAACUAUCGCCUCAGUCGCCCCAAUCAACUGUGAACUCAGUUUGGACUCUGGAAGAUGCAUCAAGUAUGUGGCAACUUUGAACUCCAACCCGAAAACUCAUGUUGCCGAUGAAUUGCAGUAUACGCUGAAGAAAAAUAGUCAUCAAGACCACCACGACGACUGGGAGGGUGUCAACACCAUCUGCCACACCAUCGACAACAUUGUCAAUGUCGAGAUGGAGACCGACUUCUUCGAUGGAAAGUCAGUUCUCGAAAUCGGAUUCGUCACCGGACUCCCAUCUGUCUACGCAUUUGAAGCCGGAGCUGAUAAGAUCGCAAUGCACACCAUCGACAAGACAAGUCUUGAGUUGUACUGUAAACCAACACUCAAAAGAAACAAUAUCCCAUUGAACAAGACCAAAUUGUCGUGUGGAACAAUGGAGGAGUUGAGAAAGUUUUUGGGCGGAAAGAAGUACGACAUCAUUUUGGCUCCGGAUCUUUUGAAUCGCACCGAAGCUGAAUUUGAUACUGUUCAUGAGAUUAUUCAUGAAGGACUCUCAUAUGACGGAAUUUGCCUCUUCUCUUGCCGUACCCACUAUCCAAAUGUCGACGGAUCGUUGACCGUCUUCUUGCAAUUGGUGAAAAGACGUCGUGAAUUCGAAGCAAUCGAAAGAUGGUCAUCGCCAAGAACCGACAUCAUCCAACAGAAGGUCUUCCAACUCACUCGUUCGUUGUUCUAG